AUGUGCGCUCCUCGCUGUAUUCGUGCCCGAGAACAAUGUGUUGAUUGUUGGUUCCAAAUUCGAGCCGCACGAUUGACUACUCUAGAACCACCUCCACCCCCACCAUUCUUCUACAAAGGCCAUGAUCUCUCCUCUCUUUUCAUCAUGGAAGCUGGACCCCCGGGGGCAAUUUUCAAAGACACGGCACGCGACAAUGAGACUCGAUUGGCAGAUGACAUUCUCAUCGACGGAGGCAUGAAUACCGUUCGAUUGAGAUUAUGGGUAGAUCCGAUUGUACCAUUUGAUGGACCGCCUGGAUAUUACCAAACCUACAACCUCCCCACAAUCCUCUCUCUCGCCCAACGCUUCACCUCCAAAUCCCUCCAAAUCUACCUCGAUCUCCAUUUCUCCUCCUACUGGGCCGACCCAGCCAAACAAACUCCGCCCGCAAGCUGGCCCAGCGAUCUCUCGCCUCUCGCAGACACGGUACAAAGCUACGUAUCCUCCGUAAUUCGCGAAUUCUACACGGCAGGAGUUCCGCUCGCGAUAGUGAGUUUGGGAAACGAAAUUCGCAAUGGAAUGUUAUGGCCGCUGGGGAAAGUGGAUGUUGGAGUGGAAGAUGAGGCGGAGAGGACGGAGGGGUUUAAAGGGUUGGCGACGCUGUUGAAAGCUGCUAGGAGGGGGGUUGAUGAUGGUGUUGCUGCUGCUGCCGCUGCGAAUACUACUAACACAGAUGGAGUGGCGAUACCAGCCCCGCAAGUAAUGAUCCACAUCGACAACGGCUGGGACCUAACCAUGUUAACCCGCUGGUUCACAGCCCUCGUCUCCACCAACAUAAUGUCCGUAUCCGACUGGGAUGUAUUCGGCUUGACGUUUUAUCCUUUUUACGGCACGGGAGCGACAUUUGAGACAUUAACGAACACGGUGAAUUCCUUAGCGGAGACAUAUGGAAAAGCAAUUCAUGUGGUCGAGACGGAUUGGCCUGUGGCUUGUGGAGGGGAGGGAGCGCCGAGUUUGAGUGAGCCGGAGAUUCCGAUUUCGGUGGAAGGGCAGUUGGAGUGGGUUGGGAGGAUUGUGGAUGUUGUGAAGCAAAUUCCCAACGGUCUGGGACAGGGAGUACAUUACUGGGAACCGGCGUGGGUGAAUAGUACUGCGCUGGGAAGCAAGUGUCAGGAUGUGAUUUUGUUCGAUACGGAUUGGAGCGAGUAUCCGGCGGUGACGGCGUAUAGCAGGAGGAGUGUGGACAUGUUCAAAGAUUCUGCCCCAGAGAGAGAGAGAGAGAGAGAGAGUGUUUACAACAUUUAAUCGAACCAGUCAAUCCCAAAUCCAAAAAGAAAAGAAAAGAAAAGAAAAGAAAAAAAAAGUCCAUCAAAUCCUCAAUUAUGUACUCCACCACCCACAUUCGCCGUCCCCCUCCCCAACCCCUCCUUAUAUCUCUCCAAAGCCUUCGCUCGAGCCUUACUAUGAUCAACCAUAGGUCUCGGAUAGCCAUUCUUCUCCGCCACCUUCCCCUCUCCUCUCCCAUAAGGAUCAUGUAUAGCCUUACCCUUGACAUCACGUAACUCGGGGAUCCAUUUCCGAAUAUACUCUCCUUGGGGAUCAAAUUUCUCACUCUGUAAUAAAGGGUUAAAAAUGCGGAAAUAUGGUUGAGGGUCUACACCGGUGGAAGCGGAGAAACCCCAUCCGCCAUUGUUGGAGGCGAAAUCUCCGUCAAUGAGGUGUUCCAUGAAGUAGAUUUCGCCCUGUCGCCAAUCCAAAAGGAGAUCUUUGGCGAAGAAGGAGGCGACAAUCAUGCGGCAGCGGUUGUGGAUGUAGGACAUGUGUUUACAUUGGCGCAUGGCGGCGUCGACGAUGGGGAAGCCCGUCAUGCCGUCUUUCCAUUUGGUGAAGAGGUCGUCGUUGUAUUCCCAUUCAAUGUCCGAGUAUUCGUAUUUGAAGGGUUUGGACAUGCACACGUAGGGCCAGUGGGCAAGGACAUGUUUGUAAAAGUCUCGCCAGGCAAUUUCUGAGAUCCAGGUCUUGAUUCCUUCGGGGCCGGAAUCGAGUGCGGGUUUCUCGGGGGAGGAGUGUAGGGAGACUGCAGACCGGAUCGCAGUGCGAGAGGAGAGGGUUCCGGCGCUAAAGUGAACUGACAGGAGGGAGGUGGAUUGCGCAGAAGGGAUGUUGCGUUCGUCUUUGUAAGCACGGACUUUGGUGGAGAGAAAACGAUCUAAACGGGACUGCGCUUCGUGUUCACCGGCCGGAAAGAUUGAAGCGAGGCGAGAUUGAUGCUCUGGGGAGAGCACUUUAUUGGGAGGUGCGGAUGGGAUUUUCGAGGAGAAGAUGUGGGCAAACUUCUGUUGAGCGGAGGAUGGAUUGGGCUGGGGUGGUUCGCUGGGUUUGAGGAGGUGAGGAUGUUCGCGAAUAUGCUUCAUCCACGAUCGAUACCAAGGAGAAUAUACGGAAUACUGCUUUCCUGCUCCCGUCUUCAGGGCGCCAGGAGCAACCACCACAUCAUCGUGCAAGACGUCCACACUCAUCCCCUUCUCCAGAGCUUGCUUGACCAGCUUCACUUCCCUCCUCAGCUCAUCCACCUCGUAUUCCAUAUUACAGAACAAAUACCUCGCCUUCCAAUCCUCCAUCUUGCCCAAAAUAUGCCCAACCACAUCCUUCCUCCUCUCCACCGUAUGCACAUAUAGCGGGAUAUUCUUCUCCGCAAGAUCCUUCUUCAAGACAUCCAACGUCCUCAGAUCGAAAUCCACUCUCGCCGCACUCGUCAAAUGCGCCUGAUAAUCCUCUGGCGAGACAAUGAACAUGCACACUAAGUGGGCAUCGUGUUUCCUAGCGAGUUUGCUUGCAGCUUCGAGGGCGCGGUUGUCGGACUGGCGCAAGUCGCGCUUGAACCAGUGCACGACGGUCUCGGAAGCGGCAAUCUUCGAGCGCGCGGCUUGGGUGGAGUGGAGAGUGGCAUGGAGGAGGUCAAUGGGUCGAGGGAUUUCAUUGUUGUUGUAUUGAGCGCAUCGUUGGUUGCUCAUCUCGGGUGGGUAGAAGGCGCGUUGGAUGAUGCCGUGUCUCUCGGCAAUGGGGAUGUCAUUCACGCCAUGCUCCUCUUCAUUGGUGGUACUCGUCCGAGGCUUCUUCG